AAUGAAUGCAUUACGCAGAACAUAAGCUAGAGGGAUAUCAUAUCUGAAAUCGAUAUCACUGUGGAUGCCAUUGCCUGUAAAUGCGGAUUGUUUACAGCAGCCUUUGCAUCCUUUCCUCCCUCCCCUUUUCCUCUUUCCCGGAGCGCCGGAGCGCUGGUGGUGAGGCAGCGGCUAAAGCUGCUCCUGCUGACCGAAGAUAGCGCCUGCAGAGCUGGCCACGGCCGUUACAUCACCCCGGGCCCCUGGAGGGUGCGAUCCACAGCAAAGCAGGAAGCAAGCUUUUGAUGCCACAUCGUUGUGCAGCAUCACCCUUCCUUGAAAAAAGCGCACAGCCACUUCUGGAUUUUAUGAAUCUUCACCUCCAGGUUUUUCCAGGAGUUUGGAUGUGCAGUUUCACAUGAUAUGGCUGUUAUUAAACUAGUCGACCAGCCACCCCUUGUCCAAGCCAUCUUUAAUGGAGACCCCGAUGAGAUUCGUGUCCUCAUAUGUAAAUCAGAAGAUGUCAAUGCACUGGACGCUGAGAAGCGAGCUCCCCUUCAUGCAGCAGCCUUCCUCGGAGAUGCUGAGAUCAUAGAGCUCCUCAUUGUGUCAGGGGCACGGGUCAAUGCCAAAGACAACAUGUGGUUGACUCCACUCCACAGGGCAGUGGCAUCACGUAGCGAGGAUGCGGUUCGAGUAUUGAUCCGGCAUUCUGCUGAUGUUAACGCACGGGAUAAGAACUGGCAGACUCCGCUGCAUGUUGCUGCCGCCAACAAGGCCCUGCGCUGUGCUGAGGUGAUCAUCCCGCUCCUGAGCAGCGUCAACGUUUCAGAUCGCGGGGGACGCACCGCCCUGCAUCACGCCGCCCUUAAUGGGCACACGGAGAUGGUUAGCCUUCUCCUGGCCAAGGGUGCCAACAUCAAUGCCUUUGACAAGAAAGACUGCCGUGCUCUGCACUGGGCAGCAUAUAUGGGUCACUUAGAUGUAGUGUGUUUACUAGUGAGUCAAGGGGCCGAGAUCAGCUGCAAGGACAAGAGGGGAUACACGCCUCUACACGCAGCUGCUUCCAACGGUCAGAUCGCUGUGGUGAAACACCUGCUCAGCCUGGCCGUGGAGAUAGAUGAAGCCAAUGCCUUUGGGAACACAGCGCUGCAUGUGGCCUGUUUUAAUGGACAAGAUGCAGUGGUCAGUGAGCUGAUCGACUACGGUGCUAAUGUCAGUCAGCCGAAUAACAAGGGCUUCACACCACUCCACUUUGCUGCUGCGUCCACUCAUGGUGCCCUGUGUCUGGAAUUCCUGGUCAACAGCGGAGCUGAUGUCAACGUCCAGAGUCGUGAUGGGAAAAGCCCUCUUCAUCUGACAGCAGUUCAUGGACGAUUCACACGCUCCCAGACACUCAUCCAAAACGGUGGAGAGAUUGACUGUGUCGAUAAGGAUGGAAACACUCCACUGCAUGUCGCUGCUCGAUACGGCCAUGAACUUUUAAUAAACACUCUAAUCACGAGUGGAGCUGACUGCACCAGAAGAGGGGUACAUGGCAUGUUUCCUUUGCAUCUGGCCGCUCUGAAUGCUCAUGCUGACUGCUGCCGGAAGCUUCUCUCCUCAGGACGGAGCUAUAGCAUAAUGUUCCCUCUCAGUAAUGACUCGGUCCUGUCUGCAGGCUUCCUAAUCGAUACACCAGACAACCUGGGAAGGACAUGUCUGCACGUCGCAGCUGCGGGCGGUAAUGUGGAAUGUGUGAAGCUAUUGCUCAGCAGUGGAGCUGAUCAUAACCGCAGGGACAAGCAUGGAAGGACCCCUCUCCACUAUGCGGCAGCUAGUCAACACUUUCAGUGCCUGGAGACUUUGGUGUCCUGCGGAACCUGCAUUAAUGCCACUGACCAGUGGGGGCGCUCUGCUGUGCACUACGCUGCUGCUUCUGACCUGGACAGGAGGCGGCGUGUGGUCCUGGAACCAGAGAGUGACGGAGUUCAAGCUGAGAGGGAGAAGGAGGCAGCUCUGUGUCUCGAGUUCCUGUUGCAGCAUGGUGCCGCCCCAUCACUCAAAGAUAAACAAGGCUACAGUGCCGUUCAUUAUGCUGCAGCGUAUGGCCACAGACACUGUCUGAAACUGCUUUUGGACAGAGAUGAGAACCAACAAGAUGAGAUGGAGAAAAGCCAAACCAGAAGCCCAUUGCAUCUGGCCGCGUACCACGGUCAAGCACAGGCUCUAGAAGUACUCUUGGAGGGUCACUGCGAGGUGGAUCAGGGGGAUGAGGUGGGCCGGACUCCAUUAGCUCUUGCUGCCCUCAGGGGCCACACUGACUGUGCUCUCACUCUUCUGAACCAUGGGACCUCGCCGAGAAGCAAAGAUACUCUCAGAGGACGUACACCUAUCCAUCUUGCAGUAAUGAAUGGUCAUACAUCAUGUGUGCACCUCCUGCUGGAAGACUCUGAUAAUGCAGAUCUGGUAGAUACAGCGGACUCUCAGGGACAGACCCCUCUAAUGCUGGCAGUAAUGGGGGGUCAUGUGGAUGCUGUGUCUCUUCUAUUGGAACGUGAGGCCAGUGUGGACUUGUCUGAUCAUCAAGGUCUGACUGCUCUGCACCUAGGGCUCUUGUGUGGACAGGAGGAAUGUGUUCAGUCCCUGUUGGAGCUGGAGGCAUCCGUGCUGCUGGGGGACUCCAAGGGUCGGACAGCUAUCCACCUGGCUGCGGCGAGGGGUCACGCAUCCUGGUUGAGCGAAUUGCUCAAUAUUGCAUGUUCUGAACCCCCGAUACCCCCAUUCCGAGACAACCAGGGAUACACACCCUUACACUGGGCCUGUUACUAUGGUCAUGAGGGUUGUGUGGAGGUCCUACUCGAACAAAGAGAUUUUCGUCACUUUGAUGGGAACCCCUUCACCCCGCUGCACUGUGCUGUGGUCAAUGACCAUGAGACCUGUGCCAACCUUUUAUUAGAAGCCAUGGGAUCAAAGAUUGUAACUGGCAAAGACUCCAAGGGCAGGACACCUCUCCAUGCAGCUGCAUUCGCUGGCCACGUAGACUGUGUUCAGCUGCUCUUGGCCCAUAAUGCAUCUGUGGAUGAGGUUGACCAAUCAGGGCGCAGUGCCCUGAUUAUGGCAGCGGAGAAAGGAAGGGUUGAGGUUGUAGAAGCUUUACUUACUGUUGCCAACGUGAACCUCAAUCUAACUGACCAGAAGGGCAAUACAGCCCUCCAUCUAGCCUGCAGUAAUGGAAUGGAGGAAUGUGCAUUGCUCAUUCUCGGAAAACUUCCAGACUCUGCCCUCGUUGCUACCAACGCUGCACUGCAAACACCUCUCCAUUUGGCUGCUCGCAGUGGGAUGAAGCAGACAGUGCAAGAGCUGCUCUCUCGUGGGGCCAGCGUUCAAGUACUAGAUGAGAAUGGUCUCACCCCUGCUCUGGCUUGUGCUCCCAGCAGGGAAGUGGCUGACUGCCUGGCUCUCAUUCUGGCUAUCAUGAUGCCUUUCUGCUCCCCUUGCAGCUCUGGAGCUCCUUCGCCAGGUGCCCUGCUGAAAUCUCUGCCCCGCCAGGCCAAGAGCCCCCAAGGCCCCCACAGUCCAAGGGACCCCUCCCGCCCCUCCAGCGAGGGCACGACCACUGAAAACGACUCGGACUCAGAGACAUUUUGACCCCGGCUCCUUCUAGAGGCACCGGUCAUAGUUUUUAAAGCACAGAUCGUCAUGAACCUUGCAGAAGUUGUACAGAUUUUUGAUUAUGGAGCACAGCCUCUAUAACAAGAGAUUAUAACAUAGCACACAUGGUACACUUUUGUUCUGCCACACUUGUUUGCACAGAUGUUUUCGAAAGCCAUUUUGAUCACUUUAACACAGGUUGAUUGAUGAUAGAUUGCUAAAUGUUGACUGACUUCUCACACUUGAAGGAUGAUAAUGUAAAGUGCGGCAUGGUGUAUCUUAAUCUGUGGACUUUUGAAAGCACAAACCAUGUGGAAGUCACCCUCAUUUCACCCAUGUUGUCACUGUGCGAUCAGGAAACGAAAAAUCACAUUUUUGGACCUACAGAGAAAUUGGCGUCACUGUUAACAACCUCACUUAGUAUUUAUUUGUGAGUAAACACUGGAAUACACUACGCAACUUUUUCCCAGAUUUGUGCCCUGAUGAGUCAGUGCAGUUGCCAAAAGUCAGAGCCGUACUGCAGAUUUGAGUUGAAAGAUUUUACAUAUUGUUUUCGUUUGUCAUGCAUCUUCUAGCAACAAGUCAAACAUUUCUGUGUGAGUUUGUUGUGUUCUGAACAACUUGAACGUCUGGUAGUGUGUGAUCCUCAGUUGUUUAGUGUAUGAUGCCCAGUUUUCACUGUAACUAUUUACAAUAGUAUGAUGCCUAGCAUUUUAAAAAUCUGUUCAGAUUUGUCAAGUUGUGUAGUGUAUUUCAGCCUUAAGACAAGUUAAAUUGAAAGUACAUGAAACCCAGUGUAAUGUGAUGAAAAUCCAAUGCAAGUUCUACAUUUCCAGAUCGUACACCAGUUGUACUUCACACAUUGUAUUUGACACAUUGUGAAUAGAAGGCUCUUGAGAUUUGUAUUGUGAAAAGAGCAUUUUUAUUCCAUAGAUAUAAGUAGAUUUCUAGGCCUUGAUGGUCUAAACUUACAUCUGACGCUUUUGGAGAGUGACACUUUGUCACUCGGUUCCUUCUCAGACAUAGAGACAGUGUUUAAAUAAUACUUCUAUUCAGGUUGAAUUUUAGAUUCUAGUGACAGGGCAUGGCGUGUUACGUGAACCAGGAUGUUCUCAAGCCUGCACCGAUAUUUAUUAACAUUUAGAUAACAAUGGUACUACAAUUGUAUGCACUUAUGUAUAGGAGUAAAUGGGUGCUUAAAGGAAUAGUUCACACCUAAAUUAUAAUUCUGCCAUUGUUUACUCAUGUCCUUGUUUUUGUGGAACACAAAAGUAAAAUGAUCUUAACGUGGCUCUUUCCAUACACCAACAGUUCAUAGUGACAAUGUCUGUCAAGCUCCAAAAAUGACAAAGAAAUACCUCCAGAAGAGCUACAUACUCUAUUCCAAGUCUUCUGAAAUCAUACAAAAAGCUUUGUAUGAGAAAGAGGCCAAAAUUAAAGCUUUAAUCUACUAAUAAUCUUUUCCUUCAGUGAGCUGUUGGUUCUGGAUCAUUGUGUAAGUGAACUGAACUCUAGAACUGAAUCGUGAACAAAACAACCAAAUCACCAGAAAGAACCAGUUCAAAUGAACGAUCUGUUCACUAACUGGACUGAUCCAGUGACUAUUCAGUGAAUAAUGACUUAAAUUUUAGUCUGUUCCUCACAAAACUAAUGUAUUGCUUCAAAAGACUUCUCCUUUUGUGUCCCAUGAACAGAAAAACAGCAUAGGGGUUGGAAGUAACAUGAGAGGAAGUAAAUAAUGACAGAAUUGUGAGUUUGGGGUGAACUGUUCAUUUAAAAAAAUGAAUCUAGGACUAAUAACAUUCCCUGUCUUCUUUUUUUCUUCCUUUCUGAAAUUCUUUUAAUAAUUUGCACUGGUUGAAUAUCGAUCCUUGUUUAAAACCAAUUUCUAAUUAAAAAAUACAUAUUCAAAAGAUAAAGAGCUUUUAGCGAAGAUGGUGUUUUAAUGUCUUGCCUGUCAGAAACUUUCUAAAACAAAUUCAAAAUGGAAAUGUUUGUCUGUUUGCCUUUGUCCACAAUGUGCCAGUUUCUCCACUGUGUCCAGUGCCUUGUUCUGCAUUUUCAGAGUUGCUUAGAUUAUAUCAGUAUAUGUUUGUAUGUAUGUAGGAGUGUAAUGAAAGUCUGAAGAUGUGAAGAUAAGUCUGGGUCACACCUGCCAAUCGUAAGCCAAUGUUGUUUUUUUUUAACCAAGUCCUGUUGUUUGUGCCUACGAGUGUGUGAUUUACAAUAGAAAACAGUCUUUGUACAUAUCAGCUCAUGGACAUUAUCAUCACCAGAGCAAAUAUUGCACACAACUGUCUUAUAACAGCAGCACAUGGUUGAUUUUCUUUUCAGAAAUUAGAUGGAUUGUGAGUGGGAGGAUGCAGAGGAAUGAGUCAAACAGUAUUAUAUCAGAAAAAAAGCUUUGAAAUGUGUGACAAUCUAGAUUAUGAUUUCUUCAUUCCAAUGUUAAAGGUUCUUUGUCAGCUCAAGUUUCUUUUAUAUAAAUUGUAUGACUGUUAAAAUGU